UAUUCGACUAGUUGCUCAGCUCUAGGGCACAUGUUGUAGCGGUUUAAAUCGAAAUGGAGCCAAAAUUUGUAUUGCCUUCGCCAAACUUUAAUAAAAACAGUAAGGAAGAUAGGAAAAGCAACUUGCAUUAUUUGACGCCAUGUGGAAUGACGUUGCUGCCUCGCAGCAAACAGCCGCCGCCAAUGUAUGGAGCUCGCGGCAGCACAGUGCCUGCGAAAUAUCUCAAGUCGGAGCAGCAACAAAGUAACAGCAGCAGCGCAAGCACCAGCACAAAAAUAUCAGAUACACCGCCAAUUUACAAUUCUCCGCCGCGUCCUGAAUAUUGUGCCAACUGUGGCAUGGAAUUGGCCACUGAGCAGGACAUGAAGCGACAUCUGGAGCAGCAUGAAACGUGCCCCGCUGAGAACUGUGAUUUUGCGGCCUUAGCCAACGUACUGGAGCGACAUAUUGAGGCACAUCACAUCACCGGCUUGUACAAAUCCGUAAAAAAAGUGUGGACGGCAGAGGAUAUUGCUGCUUGGCGCGCGGAGCGACGCAAAAGAUUUCCAACGACUGCUAAUGUGGAGCUGGCCAAACGGGCCAAGGAGCAGCGGAUGAAGCGUGGAGAACGCUUGGAAAAAUCAAAGGCAGCUUUUGGCAAGUCUGAAGAUCGACGACGCACGCGUCCACAAAAUAAUAAUAAAGAUCGUCCAAAGCAAAACAAAAGACAGAAAAAUAAUUUAAACAAAAACGAUAAGAAAAAAGAGCCUCAGCAGCUAAAGGAGUCAAAGCUCAAGGAGGAGAAUCCACUUCCAGAGAAGCAUAAUAAUAUUAGUCCCUCAGAUCAGAUAAUGUUUUGCGGCACCAGUCAAAUGAAGGACUACAAGCAUGUUAAGGAACGAGUUAAGCCGGAGGUAAAUGCGCUGAGCAAUAUGUUGGGCAUGUAUGGAACCGAUUCCGAAAAUGAAGGGGAUGAAUCAAGUGAUAAUGAAGUGGAUGAUUCAACGCCUACAACUUCAUUAGAAUUCAAACCAAAUGAAUUACAGCCUGAGGAUGAUCCUGCCCAAAAAGGCACUCAGCUGGACGCAGAGAAUUGUCAGUCACCAGAGGCCGAAGAUAGCUCUGAUAAUGAAGUACCUGACGAAGUCCCGAUCGAACGCAAAACAGAGGAAAUAGCUGUUGAGUGCAAACCAGAAACGACUUUAGAUGAAACACAACUUGAAUUACCCAUUACAACUAAAACUCGGACAGCAGAUAAACCAAAUUUGGACAAUAGGUCAACUGUCAAGCGUGCUGCACCAAAGAAACGAAAUCUAGGCUUGAAUUACAAACGGGCGCGUCUGAUGACCAAGCAAAACACUAUGCUGUCCAAGUUACUAGAGACAGAUAUCAGACACGAGCGUAAUGUGCUCUUACAGUGUGUGCGUUAUGUUUGUGAGCGGAAUUUCUUUGGCAUUGGCAACGGCACAACUUCCUCCUCCGCCUCCUCGUCUACAACAAGGAUAGACAAUGUAGUUUAAUUUAACUUAAUUUUAAUUAAAAUAUCUAUAUAAAUGUAA